GUAGAAAAUAAAAUCAGCAAGGUAUAUAUAGAAAUCGAAUCGUUCAUUCGGAAAUUGGACGCAUAAACUACAGUGGUUGCUCUCACCCUCGACGAACCGCCUGCUGCUGCCGCCUAUCUCUCGAUUUUUGUUAUCAGGGAUGAGACGAGAAGUAGAAGAUGUUCCUGAAUUGCUUCAGCAUAUACAAUCACGGUUGGCGGUAAAAGAAGCGGCCCGCACCAGCUUGUUAUCCAAGUCAUGGCUACAUGCUUGGUCAACCAUCCCUACCCUCAGGAUUCAUGUUCUCAAGAACCCAAAACGAAAGAGCAUGAAGUUGGUGGAUGUGGACCACACUCUGAUAAGGUAUCUCCAUGACAACACACCAAUCGAAAAGUUUGAGCUUGUUAUCGACAUUGAGAACCAGGAGUCGGCUUCUCAUGCUGAAAAAUGGAUCCGGCCCGUGGCAACCAAAACAUGCCUUAAAGAGUUUUCCCUCUCAGUCAUGCUUUAUGGUGCCCCGUUUAGAUUGCCAAAUGAGAUACUCUCGGGUUUAAACCUAACUAAGAUAAGAGUUUCAUCCCGGCUGAAGAUCCAUUCUGUUGUUUGGAUGACAACGACAACGACAACGACAACGACCCCUCCUAUUGAUGUGAUCAAGUGUCUGUCCCUACGGGAACUGCACUUGGAUGGUGUGUGCAUAAGUGAAGAGGCACUCAAUCACAUAUUGUCGUCUUGUACCUUUCUUGAGAAGAUAGAGCUUUUGCAUUCUUGCGAGGGGUUCAAGACCAUCAAGGUUAAAAACCUUGAUCGUCUUUACGAAUUAAGAAUAUCUUUUGGUAAUACUAAUAAUGGAUAUCGACACUCUACUAGUACCACCGCUUUGGAAAUUAGUGAUGUCCCAAAUCUUGGUGUGUUUAGCUGCAAUCUACAUUUUCCAUUCAAAUCCCAUUCAAUAUCAUUAGGAAGCAGCGUGACACAGUUAAUGUUUGGUGGCGUUGUCAUAACUGACAACGCGAGUCUAGACAUAAUCAAAUCGGGAUUUCCUUUUCUCGAGAGUUUGACCCUCGAUGAUAUGUCAUCUUGGAUGUUGAAAAGCUUCCGUUUCACAUCUGCUUCGAUCAAGAGAUUGACCUUGCAGUUGUGCCCAUGCACGCUGAUCGACAUACAAGUACAUGCUCCAAAAUUACUCUUUUUCCGGUUUGAUGGCAGUGCUUUGCCUAAUCUCUGCAUUCCGGUCUCCUCAACUCUCGAGCAAAUCAAUAUUUCACUCAGACUCCACCUUGCUGUCGAUGCUUAUUUUUUUCUUAAGAUGAGAGAAGCACUUGCGUUAUCACACGAGGCCGAAAUUCGUAUAACAACUUUCAACUCUAAGCCGCUGUUAGACGUCGACAUGGAUGAGCUAAGAACAAGGCUCCUGUCUCCUCCUGCUACAAAUGUGCAAAAACUGUCGUUUGAAACGUGGAAGGAUGAAUGCCUCUGGGAACGAUCCCCAUUUUUUGAUGCAAUCUUGGAGAUUUGCCAUCCCAAGCUCGUAUUUGCACAGCCAGACAUGCAAUUCAGCCAUAGCAAUCACUUUUGCAGGCUAAUGCUGAGGGAGGUCUUGGAGAAGAAGACGACCACAACCCCCCUGUAUUGGCCUCAUUACCUGAAACAUGUUCAAAUAAGACAGUCUCCUUAUCAAACAUGGAAAACCCUAACAAAUUCCCACAGAAGCUUUCUAGAUGGCUCGGCUCCCGAUGUCUACAUGUAUUUCAAACUCACAUGGUGUUAACGAUCAUCUCUGAUUGGGUUGGAUUUUUUAUUUAACUAUUUCCUCUUUUAUCUUAUGGUAUUUGUUAGUUUGUUACAAACAUAUUUAAUCAUAUAAUAAACAAAAAUAAAAUUGAUUCCUA